CUGCAGGCACCACUCGACCUCCACACAACCCAACACCCGAGCCUUCCACUUCGCAUUCGCUCUUGAUCUCAACAUACCCCAGCCCCAUCUUUCGAGAGGUCCAGUCCAGAAACAUUUCUGUCAAAAACAACACUCUAGUUGACACAACACAUCCCUUCGCACUCCGAUCCAGAGAUCUAGAGAUCCAGACAUCCAACCUCUCCCUCCACGCCUUCCUUGCAGACACCACCAUAAUCCAGCAAUAAUGUCGGUGUCGUCGCAGCACUCCCCGUCCACGAUGUCCAACUCCAACUCACAAAACGGUUGUCUUGAUCCCCUCGACUCCCUCAUCGACUUCUCCGGCUACGAACAGGUUUCCUACCACUCUCCAUCUAUGUCCCCUUCGGCAGUCAAGAGCGAGUUUACCACCAGAGCCGUGUCGAAUACACCUCCAUCGCUCCCAUCCAACUCCCAACCAGUCCUCUCGGGUCCGAGCCAUCAAUACGACCUGUAUAAACAGCAAACCGGCAUUCCACAGGGCGCCAUUGCAAACACGCUGGCCAUCAACCAAAACAACGCUCAUAUCAAUUCUCAAUUUGGCUUCUCCGACAACAACUUCAUGUCGGGUCUUAGCACAGACGACGACUUUGUAGACUUCAACACAGCUCCUACGCGAAAUGGCUCAUUCAAUCCAUCCGAGUUGGAUCUAGACUUUAGCACCGAUUCGACAUAUUUCUACCCAGAACAAGCAUCGAGCAGUUUUGUUGACCCAAGUGCUAUCGCACCGGCAACCAACGCUCUCCCGAGCCAGACUAGCAACGUUGGCCGUCUCUGGCCGGGUAUGCAUCAACAGCAGGCUCUGGCCAAAGCUCAAGCUCAACAAAAGCAACAACAACAACUCAUCCAACAGCAACGAAAAGCUUCCACCUCGAUGGGUCACUCGAGACAGCCUUCCACCCAACGCGCUCGCGCAUCUCAUCCACCUACCGAUCCUAUUGUCGAGGAGAAGAUUUCCCAAUUGCUCAACUCGAUGAGACAAAACAGUGUCGGAAGUGAUGAUCACUCUCAGGAUAACACAUCCCAUGCUCAACGUAUGCGUAAGGAUGAGAUGGACGAGGACGAGAGAUUACUUGCUAGUGAAGAAGGAAAGAAGCUUAGCAGCAAGGAGCGACGACAACUUCGUAACAAGGUUUCUGCCAGAGCCUUCCGAUCCAGACGCAAGGGUAAGACCACUCACUCGAGUAUAACUUGUCACCUGCUAACUUUUUCCAGAAUACAUCAGCCAACUUGAAGGAGAGAUUGCUGGAAAGGUUACCGAGAAUCAAGAUCUCAGAUCUACCAAUCGUGCUUUGAUGGAGGAGAAUACACGUCUAUCCGACCUCACCCGCAUGCUCUUGUCAUCGCCAUCGUUCUCCGGAUUUCUCGACAACCUCUCCCAAAACCCAGCAGCAGUUCAGACUGCUCAGCAAGCUACCCAGCCUCGCGUUGAACAGCCACAACAGCAGCAGCCUCAACGUCAAGUCCGAAAGGAUGUUAACCCAUACGCUGCUCAACAGCAAAUGCAGAACCAACAGCAUAUUGGAAUGACCUUGAUACCAGAGCACACCAUGGAUUAUUCCAUGCUUGAUUUGGGUCAGGAUGGUAGUUUCUCUUACCAACCCCAAGUAUUUUCUGUCCUCAGCAUGCCAGAGACUGUCAUCGACAGCGAAAUGCUUUCGGGAAAGAGUUCCACGUUCACUCCUCUUGCUAGUGAUGAUGAGAAGAUUGAGCUCCCGACCAUUGAGCGUGCACCAGAAGCCUCCGCCAUUGAAGAGCCAACCACAGUUGUCGAAGUCGUUGACGAGGAGUUCGACGCCGACCCAACCUUCGCUCUCUUCGCUUCUACUCCCACUGCUGCCACUCCCGUCUCAAAAGAGCAAGAAUUUACCUUUGACUUUGCCGCCAUGUUCUCCAAGCCAUCUCAGUAUGAACUCGUUGUCGUCCCUACCGCUGAUACCGCAGACUUAUUGAAAAUGGAGAGACUUACAAGAGAAAUGGAGAUUGUCUCUGAAAGGCUGUCGCAAAUGAAUCUUUAGGGAGGAUUUCAGACUAGGUGGUUGAUUUGAUGGUUAUUCCUUGUGCUGCGAUUUAGCGUUUCCUUUUUACUGUCACACUAUAACAAACCACCGUUGUGGUUAUGGCGUCUUCUCCCUACUUCUGUAGACGACGGAUGCACACGUCCUGUCACAUUAUCCUUCACUUUUUUUGUUUUUCUCCAUACUUGGCUACCAAUUUGGCGAGUCUCCUUCUUACUUUAGGUCAAUAGGGCGGAUGGAUGGGGGUGGAUAUCUACAUGAAAUUGGGGUGGGGGAAGGAGAAGGCGGAUUGAAAAAGAAUGUCUCCCUUGUAUAGGAGAACUAGGGGAAUGGGGAUUAGGACGAUACUAUGGUGCCAUGAUGUUACCUUUUGUUUUUCUUUUCUUUUUUUUUUAAACCCUUUUUUUCUUUUUUUCCCCGGAGCUAUGAUUGUUUGGUGUAAAUAGAAGUCAAAACUGAUCAAUCAAAACUUUGAAAAUCUC